AUGAAAAUACUCAGUCUUAAUUUUUUGACGUGCGCAGUCAAGGCCUGCAAAACGUCGCCUAACUCAUACCCUCUACACCCCAAGGACGCUGAACUCGUGCAGGAUGAGCUCGGACUCAAGCCCGAAAUGAUUAUAAGUGUGCUGCCACGCAUUGAUUGGGAAGCGUUGAAGAGCACCUGUUCAGAGUUGGGCUUCCCAGCACUACCAGAAGCGGCGCCGACGAAAGAAGAACUUGAAAACGACGAGAAAAUUUUGAAAGACUUGCAUCAUUUGCUGUUGGAAACGUCUAUAUCGGAGGGAAAGCUUGUCUGCGGCAAUUGUGGCCAUGAAUACGCGAUCAAAGAGGGUAUUGCCAAUUUUUUACUCCCGGGACACUUAGUUUGA